AUUAUACCUAACCAAUAAAUGCGCACGUGGCUAUUUAGAAAUAUACUUAUCAAGGGUUAAAUUAUUUCGUCAUAAAAUAGUCAAUGGCAGUUUUUUAAUAAGUGCGUUCUGAGACAAGUUGUGCACAUCCCAAACUGAAGCGAACUCGUUGAUGGAGACUUCAACACUCAGCAGUUUCAGGAAAUGUUGUAUUUUCUGACAACAGGAAGCAACUUCCUGAAAAUCAUUAGCUUGGACAAACAAGUGGUCAAUAGCCGGUACAUACAAUUGAUGAGAAUGGCUAAAAGUAAAUUUGAAUAUGUAAAAGAAUUUGAACGUGAUGACUGUUGUUUGCCAAAUUGUUGGAUUGUGGUUAGAAUAGAUGGAAGAAAUUUUUCGAAGUUUAGUGAAGCGCAUCAAUUUACAAAACCGAAUGAUGUAGCUGCUUUGCAAUUAAUGAAUCGCGCGGCUAUUACGGUUAUGGAAGAUUUUAAAGAGAUCAUUUUAGGAUUUGGUCAAAGUGAUGAAUAUUCUUUCGUCUUUCGGAAAGACACUGAACUUUACAAACGGAGAGCUUCAAAAUUGAUGACAAAUGUGAAUUCUCUGUUUGCUUCAUCGUAUGUUUAUCAUUGGCCUCGUUUCUUCCAAAAUAAAGAAUUGUAUUAUCCACCAUCUUUUGAUGCCCGUGUUGUAUUGUAUCCCACAGAUAAAAAUUUAAGGGAUUAUUUAGCAUGGCGACAAGCUGAUGUUCAUGUAAACAAUUUAUAUAACACUUGCUUUUGGAAUCUUGUAUUAAAAGGAAAACUAACUCCAACCCAGGCAGAAGCAAAGCUUAGAGGUACAUUGGCAUCACAUAAGAAUGAAUUACUUUUUCAAGAGUUUGGUAUAAAUUACAAUAAUGAGCCACCACUUUUCCGAAAGGGUACUACUCUUAUAAGAAAAUUAGUACCUGAUGGGACAGGUAGACUAAAACCUGCAGUGGUUCCAUUGGUAGAUGAUAUUAUUGGAGAUCGUUUUUGGAAAGAAAAUCCAGAAGUACUUGGAUUAAAAAGUUUAGCAACUUAUCAACCUCCAAAUUUAGUUAAUAAUGUUACAACAAAUCCAAUUAGAACAACAAAACCACCAUCACCAACUGCUAACAUGAAACAUAUUAAUAACACUCCACCACCUUCAGUUGCUAAUGUAAAUUCUAUGAAUGAAGAAGUACAUCCAGCAAGAAGUCGAGAAUCAGAUGGAGAAAGAAUGCAGUGUGAAAAUGAAAGAAUUUGUAGAAGAUAA